UUGAACCCAUGAACUGUGGGAUCAUAACCUGAGCUGCAGUCAGUUGCUUAACUGACUGAGCCACCCAGGCACCCCUGUGAAUGAGCUUUUAAAACAGUACUGAGAACAAUCUGGUUUGGGAGAUAGUAUAAGUGUUAAAUUGUAGAGUAGGGCUAACCUAUAGCUUGAGAGAGAACAGCUUUGUUUUGACACUGAAGGUUAAGAGAUAACAGCUUUGCUUUACUCAUGUAAAUUACACUUCAUACUCUUGUAAAUUAGGCUUCACCAAUUAAGGGAAAAAAAGUUCAAAGAAAAGUGGCGCCAGAGGUAGGGUCAAGGAGAUCAACUGGUUGCAACUUAAUGGCAGAAAGUCUAAAAUAAUCACCCCAUCGAGGAACUGUUUCCACCUCAUCUGGGAACUGUUUUUUUGUUCUGUUCCCAGGUGAUGAUAAGACGAUGUGGUCGGCUAUAAAAACUCUGUACCCCGGCUGUUCGAGGCUGCACUCUGAUAAAAAAUGUUGGCCCCAAUCGGUUGGCCUUGCCUCUCAUUGCAAUAAACUUUGCUGUGACUGUCACUGGUGCCCAUAGCAUUCUGUUUCAGGAGUCAUGUGGAUGCAACAAUAGGAUACAUACAUGUUUCCAGGAAUGCUUCCAGCAGAUUCUGUGACCACACACACAUUUAUUUAAAUUAGGUGUUCCUCUGGGGAUGGAAAGUGGAAAUUUUCUUUGGCUCCAGGCUGACUAGCUCAUGGGUGCUGAGUCACAGCACCUUGGCUUCUUUUGAAAAUGGCUUAUCCCCUGAGUUUCCCUUAAUAUUCAUAUCUCACCCUUUGUUUUCACCCUCUAACCACAUCCCUGGGUAAGUCAGCAUUGUUUAGCAUUUGUUCCCUGGUAUAAUGAAGGUAAGUGGUGCCCCAGGACAUUGUAACAUGUUUGCUGUCUUCUCAUAUUGUGGGUGUGGGGGGCUUGAUUUUGCCAAGACUGAGGUCUUGAUGGUGCCCUAGAGGUUGCCACCCGGGGACAUGUGCUCUGAGUGCUGCAGCUGCUGUACUCUCUUGUACUUGCUCCCACCCUCAGCUGCCGUGCUCUCUGACUUGCUCCCGCCCUCAGUCUGCCUUUCCUGAAGUAGCCUCUCCCACAUAGUUGGAGUGAGGAAAAUAAUACCUUGUUCCUUUGGACAAAGUCAUGAAAUAGAUUGUAAUAGGUACAUGUUGGUUUCACAGCAAGAUCGUUAACCUUAUGUUUGUCCGCGACAUGCUAGCCUCCACUACACCUCUCUCUGGUUUCAGCUGGCUCAGUGCCGCCCUAGGAGAGAAGGAUUGCGUUUCAUUUACGAUCUGGAGAGUGAAUGAGUGGAAUCUGUAGGAAUGCAAAUCUUGUCGCUGUAGGGAUAAAUGGCUGAGUCAGUAUGAUCAAGUUCUGGUGCUGAUUUCUGGGGUGGUGAUAGUGGGAAGCUAUUUAUUACUGGAGGUCCUGGCCUGCUUCUCCUUCUGAGAGACCAGUGUGUAGAAAGAACCCCAGCCUCAGAGUGGGUUUGGGAUGCAUAAAUAAUCUAGGGGCUACAGGAGGUCCAGAGGAAGGUCAAAUUUGGACCUCAAGGAAGAGCACUGACACGGAGGGUAGGGAAUAGACAUUAACAGAAUCUCUGGGGUUCCUAGGUCCAUGGAGCACAAAACCCUCCUAAUCACUUCACGUGGGCUUUGGUUGUGGGACAGGUGGUUUUAAACAUCAGGGUUUACUGAACCUUCAUCUUUGUUGAGAACUUUGUUGAGUGUGGAUAUAAAUACUAAUAUCUGUGAUAGAUGAGCUGGCAGUCUUUGCACAGAGGAGAGAUUUCCAUGGAGGAGAGAGUGCAGAUAACAGAGCAAUGAGUGGUCACCUCAAGGCAGUGCACCUGCUCCCCAGGAUGCAGCUGGGAUGUGGAAUCGCCUGUCCCCCACUCCAGCUACCUUGGGCCCAGCUUCCUCAGUACCAGCCAGGUGCAGGUGGACCGUGUCACCUCUGUGUUCCCUCCUGCUUACAGGACAAAGCCCCAGCUCUCCUCACAACAGGACAGGACCCCCAUGCUCUGGUCUGGGCCCACAUCUGCAUCCCUACCUUCCACACUCUUUGCCUCAAUCCUAACGCUUCUUCAGAAGUGAAUUUCUUUUAAUUGCCCUUGGUUGCUUUCUCCCUGACACCCUCUCCCCCUCCUCACACUGUGUGCUGUUUCUUGCCUCAGUUUCUACUCUUCAUUUUCCUUUUACCUGAAAUGCCCUCACUCCACACCUUCCUUUCUCCUUAGCAAUCCCAUCAGUCCAGGGUUGUUUCCACCCAGGAGGGUUUCUUGCAGGUUGGAUUCAUGAGCUCUCUUUUAGCGUAUUGCGAUUAUUUGUUGAUGUGUCCAUUUUCUCCACAAGAUGGUAAGCUGUUGAGUGUAUGGAAUGGUUUUAUUUGACCUAGAAUCUUCAGCACCUGUUGCCUGACCAGCUCUUCCCUGUACUUCAAGACUGAGCCUACAACCACCUUCUCUGGCUGCACUGUCAUGCCCCCUCCACUCCCUCUGCAUUUGGUCCCUCUGUUCCCACAUUGAUCACAUUUCCCCUAUAAAAUCUUGAAUGACUUGAUAAAACCAGGAUCUAAAGAAGAUUGUUUCGAUACAUGAGAGGGGACAAGGAGUCCACACAGUUGUAACUGCUAAGAUCACACAGAGGUGACUGCUAAGAGAGUCAUGAAGAGGCUGUGAAGUUGGUGUGUGGGGAGGAGGGAAUGUGUAAGAACUUUCCAAGGAACAACCAGUGGGAUUUUACUGACUGGAGGUUGGGAAUGGGAGAGGGCAUUCAGCUGAAAUGGCAAUGAUAUGGUAAGCUUGGGAUCAAAGCAGAAUUUCACACUACCUGCCCAGUUGGUUGUGGCUGGGAAAGAUAUGAGGAUUUGUGUUUGAUCCUGCUGAUUUUGAGCUGAGGGUAGGGAGUGUCUCGCAGGCAUUUGGAGGGUAUUAGUCUGCUCUUCAGGAGGACGACUGUGUGGCUGGCUCUACACAUGAGGCUGGUGGAUUCAUUGUGUCACAGAAACACUGGGUUGAAUUAAUAGGGUAAAGGGUCCUGAAGACUACGCUUGUGUUUGGACGAAUUCUCCUGAGCCAUGAAGAACAUACACAGUUAAGGACGGUCGGGGGAACAGAGUUGCAGGAGGAAGCCACUAUAGGGGGACAGAUCAGGAUGUGCAAGGGACAUUUGUGCAGGAGACUCACCCUCGUCUUUUCGCUUUAGCCUUCUUUGUCUUGGAGUUGGCGUUGGAGACAGAGAUGCACUAAAAUCUCUCCCUUAAUCUCUGUUGGGCAGGAACUUGGACGAUCCCCAUGGAAAUGGUUGCUCUGGAAAACCAAACUAUCACUGAAUUUGUCCUCCUUGGUUUCCAUGAUGUAGCUGAGCUGCAUCUCGUUUUCUUUGUUGUGCUCACCAUUGUCUACGUGUCCAUCGUCAUGGGGAAUGUGCUGAUCGUCGUGGCGGUGGUUAGCUCACGGAGUCUCCACACACCCAUGUAUUUCUUCCUGGCUAACCUGUCCUUCCUGGAGAUCCUCUACACCUCCACAGUGGUGCCCAAAAUGCUAGAGGGCUUCUUGCAGGAAGCGGCCAUCUCUGUGGCUGGUUGCUUGCUGCAGUUCUUUAUCUUCGGUUCUCUAGCCACGGCUGAGUGCUUCAUGCUGGCUGUCAUGGCCUAUGAUCGCUACCUGGCAAUCUGCUAUCCUCUCCGCUACCCACUCCUGAUGGGACCCAGGGGGUGCUUGGGGCUGGUGGUCAUAGCUUGGCUCUCUGGCUUCAUGGUAGAUGGACUGGUUGUGGCCCUAAUGGGCCAGCUGAGGUUCUGUGGCCCCAACCACAUUGACCACUUUUACUGUGACUUCAUGCCCUUGAUGGGCCUGGCCUGCUCGGAUCCCAGUGUGGCCCAGAUGACAACAUUCAUUCUGUCUGUGGUCUGCCUCACUGUCCCCUUUGGGCUGAUUCUGACAUCUUAUGCCCGGAUCGUGGUAACUGUGCUCAAAGUCCCUGCUGGGGCCCAGAGGCUAAAGGUUUUCUCCACCUGCUCCUCCCACCUGGUGGUGGUGUCCACCUUCUAUGGAACUCUCAUGGUCUUGUACAUUGCACCCUCUGCUGUCCAUUCCCAACUUGUCUCCAAGGUCUUCGCCCUGCUCUACACUGUGGUCACCCCUCUUCUCAAUCCUGUGAUCUACACCCUGAGGAACAAGGAGGUUCAUCAUGCAUUGCGGAGACUUCUGUACAUUAAGCUCACCAAAACACUCAGUUGAGGGAGAAUGGUGGUGAGGAUUUUAUUUGGACUUUGCAUGUCUCCAUUGGGGUGUCCUUCAGGACUGGUUGGGAAGAACUUUGUUCUAUUUUGACCUUUCUCUCUGUAAAACAUUCUGUAGUUACUCUAAAAAUGAGCACCAAUUUCAAGUGUUAACUUAAAAUUUACAUUUAUCUUUUAUUAUUCUUUUUAAAAUAGGCUAUGAAUAUUUGAUAUAGAAAGUAGAUACACAGAAACAGAAACAGAAAGCAAAAAUAUUGGCUACUUGUAAUAGGUGUGUACGUGUGUGUGUGUGUGUGCGCGCGCAUGUGUGUAUACAAACACAUAUGUAUAAAACAACUUGGAUUGUGAAACUGUAAUCUGGUUUUUCACUAGACACUAUGUCUUAAACAUCUUUCUUUUUCAAUGAGUAUGGAGUUAUUCAUUCUUCUGGGCUUUUAGGAUGGUUAAACAUGGCUUGUUUAAUCUUCGCUUAUGGGAUUUUUUAGUUGUAUGCAAUUCUUUCACCAUGCAAACAUAGUGUACAUCCAGAUUUUCCUAUAAUAAAUCCUUAGGACUUAAACUGCCCAGUCUAAGGGUAUACAAUAUUUUUUAACAUUUAAAGGUAAUGCAUUUGCUUUUCUUAAAGUUUUUUUUAUUGUAGAAAAUUUUAAACAUAUAUGAAAGCAGUGAGAAAAUUCUAAUAACCCCAUGUAGCCAUCAUCCAGCUUCAUUAUCUACAUUUGUCAACCCUAUUUCAAUGACUCCUUUUUGGAGUCAAUGGCUCCUUUUUUUCUGCAGGAUUUUCGAGCGACUUUCAGUUGUGUGCAUUGUAUAAGUACAUAUUCCACAUACAAAUAUUCUGUGUGCUCUUUGGUAAAGGCAUUUUUAAAUUGUUUUAACUUCAAUUACAUAUAGUUACCAUACCAUGUAAUAUUAGUUUUAGGAGUACACUAAAGUGAUUCAGUACUUCCAUAUAACACCCGGUGCUCAUCACAACAUGUGCACUCCUUGAUACCCAUCACCUGUUUCCCCCAUCCCACCACCCACCUCCUUUC